UUUCAUGGCAGGUCAAAAGAAAAACAGUGCCCAGUAAAAUGGAUUUUAACUCAUGGAACAUCUUCUGGGAUAUAUGUUUUGGUGUAUUGGUGACUAUGAUCAUUGCAGGAAACAUUCUCACCAUCUGGAUAUUCUUCAAACAGAGACACCAAAAACGCUCUUAUUCUCUUCUAAUAAGCUUGGCUGUUGCCGACUUGUUGGUUGGGAUUUUUGCUGUCCCUUUUUAUAUAAAAGCAGUUGUAUCACGGGGAUAUGCAUGGUUCCUUAUCUCCAUGGUUGCUGACGUUUUUACUGGGAUAACGUCCAUCUAUACUCUUGCUGUAAUUUCCUUGGAGAGAAUGUGCGCCGUCGGUUGGCCUUUUCGUCACAGAACUGUGAACUAUCGUGUUUACGUCUGCGCUAUUGGCAUACCGUGGAUCAUAGCGGCAAUAUUAAGUACUGCACUGAUGUUACGGAUGCUUGAUAUAAUAGGAGGGGAGGUUUACUUUUAUUGUCUUGUUUUAAUUCCCGGAAUCCCUCUGAUAACUAUAUAUUGUGUGAACGGCUGUUUCUUGUUAUCCCUUGAAAUUCUGCGCGGGGAAAUUGGGAUGUGGCCAGCCAGGACUAAUCCCCUUACGCACGACAGACAAUUGAAAGUCAUGGAAAAUGUUCACCGUAUUGAAUUCGCAUUUUUUGUUAUCAAAACUUUACAGUUUAGUAAUUCAUUUGUGAACGUAAUAAUUUAUCCGUUCAGAAUCCCAGAAUUUAGGCGCACUGUAUUCCAGAUACUUAAUUUCUGUGUAAUUCCCUUUAGAAGAUCCAGCACUGAGUUAUCUCCAUCAGCCGAGCCCAGUUCAGUUGUGUCCUUGAUAACGUUUACAAAUUCGACAUUUUCACCAUCCAACUUCACCUGGAAAGUUCGCUUUAGAGUCUUAAUCCGUUCAGGAACAUAG